GCCAUCAAACUCAUUCAACCAAGUAACAUUCCGUAGCAAAUUAAGCUAAAGAAAAUUUAAUUAGCCUUUAAAGUCCCUAAAAGCUCCCAUGUUUCCUAACCACCGCCGCCACCAAGGCUCCGCCACCACUGCAACUAUUUCCACCACCAUCUUCACCAUGAUACCCCAGACAAAAAGCACUGACCAAUAUUAACCAAUACCCGCAAAUAUCGUGUCUAAGUUAUAGUAUUCCAUUACUGAAACCGCACCCGAACUCGGGUAACACCUCUUUCUCUCUCCUAAUCCAUACAAACAGCCACCACAAAAGCUACCCAGACCGCCGGCUAUAAAAUCGGGUGACUGUUCCGACCACCCUAGACGCCACCCUUGUUCUGCCGUUUGCUCACACAACUCCACCUCCCUCUCCUCUGUUAAUCUGUUGUCUUGUGGUUUGCUAGUUAGGACAAAACUAAAGGUUGAUAUUUUGUCCUCAUAUUCCAAAAAGUCAACCAUAUUUCCUUUUACUUUGGAAUAUUCGGUACUUGGAGCUCAGGAAGAACGGUCCAUCGAACAGGAAGUAUAAACUACGGUUGAGGUACGAAGAAGAUCGUGGGAUGCCUUAGAGUGAGGAUGCAACCAUCAAAUUCACGAUCGAUGUUUAAUAAAGAUAACUAUGUCAUUAGUAAUGAAGGGAUAUAUUAAUUAAACUCUAAGUUUGAUUUCACGAUUUGAGUUAGAUUUUUAAAUUAACGUUAAACAUGUUAGAAAUAUUUAUUAAGGUUUACUUAGAUUUCAAUGAAAUUUUUUAAAGAAUUAAUCGAAGUGAAGUAUAGUUACUGUUACUCAACAGUAGUCAGUAAAUGUAAAAGGUUAUGUCGCCUUGUAUUUCCCACGAGGGAGAUACGGCAAGUGACGCUCCGACUAAAUUAGGGUUUCCGCUGCUAAUUAAAGAUAAUUAACCUAAUUAAUGGUGUUUGGAAGUCGGGGCGUUACAACAAUCUUUUAAAAAGAUACUCCGUAGUUUCCAUUUGUGAAUCAAAGUAGCCCUACAUAUUAAAGUGAGCAUUUGACUAAAUAAAAUCACAUUAUUUAAGCAUAAAACACCGAAAAUAAAGGAAAAUGUUUGGUUAACCCUAAGGGUCAGCAACCCCUAAGAUACAUAUAACAUAAAAUAAUCGAAUUUUUCAUGAAAUACCCCUGAAUUUUUGCAAAAUUCACCAAAUGCCCCUCGACUUUCAGAAAUUCACCAAAUGCCCUUCACUUUUUUAACAAAUACACCAGAUACCCUUAUUUAUGAACUUAAUGCACAAGAUGCCCUCAAUGACAAUUUUCCGUUAGCUCCGUUAACUUUUCCGUUAAGUUUCUCCUUAACUAAACUAAUUAACUCCUAAUUAACCUAAUUAACUAUUUAAAAAAAAAAAAAAUUUCCAACCCAAAGUAGGAGGAUUGUCUUGAAAGUCAAAACUGUAAACAUAGUUCAAGCUUGAAGCUUUCACCUUUGUCUUCCCCAGCACCACAAACCAGUUAGAUUAGACUAACCCCCUCACUCAUUCUCUUUCUCUCUCCUUUUUCCUCUUUUCUUUGCCUCCAUUUUCUUGAACCCUUUAACUAUGAAUCUAUGAUCAACCCCUUGAAUUUAAUUCAACACUUAUUCCAGAAGAAAAAAUGUUCUUCAAACCCCACCUUACCAUACUCUUCUUCCUUUUCUCUUUAUCUCACCUCCUCACCUCGGUUUCAUCAUGGAAAAAAGACGAGUUUCACAAUUGUAAUCAAACCCAAUUUUGCAAUCGACCUCACUCUCGAAAACCCAAUUCAUGCUUGUUAAUCUCCACCGAUAUUGGAAUCUCUGACAGCAAUCUUGUUGCGAAGUUGAUCUCCAAAACCCCACCUCAAACUAAUCAAGUUUCUACGAAUUCUUUGAAUUCUUCGAAUCAGGAAGAUGGGGUUGAAGAUCUUGUUCAAAAACCCUUGAUUUUCUUUAUCAAUUGGUUACUGGUUAGAUUAAAAAUUAGGGAUUGAUCGAAGAAUGGAAUACCCAAGUAGGCAAUUAAUUGAUCUUCAGAUUUCAAUGGUGAGGAGAAGAGGAAGAAUGAAGGGGGGAGGAGAGAGAUUGAGCGGCGACGAAUGGAAGGGCGCGCCAGCGGGUGGUGGUAAAGGCAGUUGGCAGGGGCUCGUAGAGGUGGUGGUGGUGAAGAUAAGAGGAGAGAGGAAUAAGGGGUAGUGAAGGGGAGGAAGAGAGAGAAAGGGGAUGACCAUGAUGGUGAGCUACCAUGGCUGCCAUGGUUUCAUCUGGGAGUAAGAAUGGAAGAUGGUGAGAACAAAACAUAAGGGGAAAAAAUAAAGGAAAAUAAGUUUUUUUUUGACUUUUUAUUUUUAAAUUUAAUUAGGUUAAUUAGAUAAAUAUGGAUUAAUAGAGUUUAAUUAGGGUAAAGUUGACGAAAAUCUAACGGAAUUGACAGAAAAUACUCAUUAAGGGUAUCCGGUGUAUUUAUUAAAAAGUGGAGGGCAUUUGGUGAAUUUCUGAAAGUCGAGGGGCAUUUGGUGAAUUUUUUUAAAAUUCAAGAGUAUUUCAUGAAAAAUCCGUAAAAUAAUAUAUAAGCAUAAUUAAUUGGAGAGAGAAAGUGUUCUAUGUAAACUUUCAAUGCAUUUGUAACCAAUCAAAAUUCAAUAUUGAAAUGGUUACCAACCCUUAGGGUCACUCUAUUAUUGUCCGAAAAUAAAUUAGAAGCAACUUUUACUUUGUUUUAGGCGUGAUCUACAAUAAAUAUAUUAUACCCACCUACAAAAGAUGGGUAGCUAUUUCAACUCCAAAGAAAAAAAAACAAUAAAUAUAUUAUGGGCCCGGUUCAUUUUAAAAUUAGGCUUCUAUCUAGCAUGGCCUUAACAUAUCUGGGCUACGCGGCCCAUUUCCCAUCCUCUCCAUUUUCAGCAAUUCUUCUCCAUCAAUGGCCGCUAUUGUUAAGCUCCACGCAGAGGAGAGAGAAACAGAGAAAAUAGCUUCUUCUUCUUCUUCAAUGUCAGAAACUACAGAAGCAGAAGAAAAACAAGGAGUCCUACUAUACUACAAGUACACCUCUUCUCCCAUCGAAGACCUAAACCAACUCUUCACCUUCUACGAGUCAAACUGUUCUUCACUCGGUCUCCUCGGCCGAGUCCGACUCGCUCCUCAGGGCGUCAAUGUCACAAUCGGCGGUAAAAUCUCUCACCUCCACAACCACAUCGCCGCCCUCCUCGACGGUUAUGGCGGAUAUUUUGAAGGUACCGACUUCAAGAUCGCCUCCUACGAUGAAGCCUUGAGUAUGGAGGUUGCGAAAGAGUGCGGUUUCACUUCUCUCUCCAUUCGAAUUGUUAAGGAGUUGGUCACUCUUUCGUCUAAUCCGUUGGUGAAAACUCCUUCGAUUUCCGAAGCUGGGCGGCAUCUUUCUGCGCUUCAAUUUCACUCCGUUCUUAAGAAUUCUGGAGAACUUUUGAAAGAAGAAUCACCAAUCGACUUUAAAAAGCUUGUUCUGCUGGAUGCAAGGAACUUGUAUGAGACAAGAAUUGGGAAGUUUGAAUCUCCUGAAGUUGAGACUUUGGAUCCAGUUACAAGGCAGUAUAGUGAUUUGCCUGCUUGGAUAGACAGUAAUGCUGAGAAGCUGCGUGGCAAUUGUGUCCUCAUGUAUUGUACAGGAGGGAUAAGGUGUGAGAUGGCAUCUGCUUACAUAAGGUCGAAAGGUGCUGGCUUUGAGAAUGUUUUUCAGCUGUUUGGUGGAAUACAGCGUUACUUGGAACAAUUUCCAGAUGGUGGGUUUUUCAAAGGAAAAAACUUUGUCUAUGACCCACGGAUUUCGGUUGGGAGUUCAAGUAAACAUAUUUUGGGUAAAUGCCUUCUUUGUGGCACCACUUUUGAUGAUUAUUCUUCACGCUGUCGUUGUGCAUUUUGCCGGAUGCUUGUAUUGGUCUGCAAUGAUUGUAAGACGGAGAGUGCCCAAUAUGCUUGUGAAUUGUGCCAGAAACAUGGGAAAGUUGCCCAGUCUGUUCCACUAGUUAAUGAUGAUUGUUCUGAAGUAAUUCCAGAAUGUGAUAUUGGAACAGCUCCGACUGAGUGCCCAACCCAUCUUAGCACAAACCAGAUUCAAAGUCCCUUCAUCCCUGGGCCUCUGAAGAAACUGAGGAUAUUGUGUCUUCACGGAUUUCGUCAGAAUGCUUCCAAUUUCAAAGGAAGAACUGCCGCAUUGGCAAAAAAACUUAAAAGCUUAGCGGAGCUUGUUUUUGUGAAUGCUCCCCACGAGUUACCAUUUAUAUACCAACCUCGUAAAUCAGAAAAGGAGUGCAUAUCAAGUUCACCUCCACCUACAAAAAAUUGCAGCAAAAAAUUUGCGUGGUUGGUAGCUCCCGAUUUCCAACAAAAGGAAGCUAUUCAUUGGGAAAGUAUUAAUUCGUCCUUUGAUCCUCUUCAGUAUCAGCAGCAGACUGAGGGGUUUCCCGAGUCUUUAUCGUAUCUGAAAUCUGUCGUGUCUAACGAAGGUCCCUUUGAUGGCAUUUUGGGAUUUUCACAGGGAGCUGCAAUGGCGUCUCUUUUGUGUGCUGAAAGAAAACGCCUAAACCUAGAAUUAGGUUUCAGAUUUGUGAUAUUGUGUUCUGGAUUUGCCGUUAAUCUAGCAGGAUACGAAAAAGGGUCCAUUACUUGCCCUUCGCUUCAUGUUUUUGGAAAUGAGGAUGGAGGUGAUCGUCAAAUAUCAUCUGGUUUCAGCAGAGAUUUAUCAUCAUAUUUUGAAGAAGGAUGCAGAAUGAUUAUUGAGCACGACUCUGGUCAUAUAAUUCCUACAAGACCUCCUUAUAUUGGCGAGGUCAAAGAAUUUCUUCGGCAAUUCAUAUAAUACGCUGAAUUUAUUUGAUAUUUAGAAACUAUUUACUUCUUUUUGUAUGAAUGUAUAGAAAGCUUGAUUACCCAGUAGCUCUAGGUUAGUCAAGAUUCUGGACCUGGUAGAGAUGUCUCAAAAUUCCUUGAUAUUCCAAUUGUUAAUGAGUUGCCGACUUAACGUACAUGUUUAGUUUGAUUUUACUCUUA